CUCCCUUGCGUUUUGGCUUGUUCCUAUCCCCUGUGGUUAAUAUUUAGCAUACGAUGUCGACGACUGAACUCGAAACAAAAUAGAGAGUCUGUGGACGGAGUAGCCCUUACGUUGAGGGACGAGCAAACGACUGACUCAGUUUUAAGACUAAUUUCAGCCGUUAUGGAAUGGAAACUUUCUGCCAGAAACAAACAUACAAUGAAUAGAGACUAACAAUUUAGUUACAAUGGAAACCACCCAUGCGCAAGACUUGUAAAUUUGUUUUUAACUUUAAGCACUAAGAAAAAACGUAAUGAAUUAACCCCCUCAAACCCUAUCAUCUCGUACGUGGGGAAUGCAGACACAAGGCUACUUUUUAUGCACUUUUAUGUCAAGGUUUGUUCGUACGCCAACAAAAACUUCUGGAACUUUAUAACAUGGCCUAGUCCAAAUAAAAUAAAAAACAUUAUAAUUGAACUCUUUAUUUCCGAAAGGAGAAAUUGCAUAGCUUCCAUUGUUUCAGCAGCACACGAAUAUGAUUCGAUAAGUAAUCGCGGAAUAAGUGGGCAGUUGGCAAAUAAAGCAAUUACAAAUUAGUUUCUUCCAGCAAACGUUCAGUCAAUUGGGUUUCAGUGCAAAAAAAAACAAAAAAAAAAAAACGGUGAGCUAAUCGAAAAAAAGGAGCGUGAGGUUUGGUGCGAGGAGCAAGCCGCCAACGAACGCCUGCCUGCGCCACGCUAUUUUUUUCGCGUUUUGUGCUGCGCCCCACUAACUAAAUGCCUGAAAGAUGCUAGUGCAAAAAGGCCUGAAAAUUCACGUAUUUAGGGCUAAAACGCGAUUUUACUUUGCUUUAUUCGACCGGAGCCAUCCUCUAAGACCUGUGCCAUGAAAAGCCUCACAAAUUUGGAGCAGACCUAUUGUGAGUUCAUAUGUCCCCUUGCAGGAAUAAAAGGACAAACGAUCAUAAACAAAACCGUCUGCGAAUACAAGGUAAUACAGGGUAAAUUGAAGAAACAAUUGUCGGAGUUGUUUUUGCAAUGUCCAAACUAAUUUCAAGGAAGCUGGAAGUUUCACGUAUAAGGGUAUUUUUGAUAAAGCUGAGCUCAUGUUUCACAUCGUUUGUAAAUAACCGCUCUCUUCUCAGUAAAUAGCGUGCAUAUUCUAUUUGUAUUGCAUCACGUUUCCCAUUGUUUCUAGCAGAAGUGAUUUUUUUCAGCUUUUCCUCCUGAAACAAGGUCUUCCGCGUCUGUGCUAACAAAAUAAAGGCAGGUGUUUGGGUUUAAAGUGCUUCAUGUGAUAUAAAAUAAAGACAGUCAAUUGGUCUUCACUUCGCUGUGAAAAUGUUUCUGUUCAUUGUUGUUGCGUGUUUGGGUAGGGUCUUGAGUUAUAACCCAGAAGAGAACAGAGGACUUGGAGAUUCCAAUCUGUUUGAAGGCGACAUGAUCCUGACUCAUGAACAAAGGGCGGCUGCGGAAGCAGGUCAGGACGUGGACGCACCAGCUUCUCGGGGCUCGAUCAGAAGGGGCUUGUGGAGAGGAGGAGUUUUGGUCUAUGAAAUUUCCAGUAGUUUGCGUAGGAGUUCUCGAGCAAUGAACGCUAUUCGAGCUGGAAUGAAAAUGUGGUCUGACAACACCUGUAUUAGGUUCAGAGAAAGAAGGGGGAACGAAAGAAGUUAUGCCAAUUUUCAAACUGGAGGAGGGUGCUCAUCAAUGGUAGGGCAGACAGGACGAAGGCAGGCUAUCACACUUGCCUCAGGAUGUUGGACUAAUGGAAUUGUGGCUCACGAGAUUGGUCACGCACUUGGGUUUUACCACGAACAAUCCAGGCCUGACAGAGAUGAUUACGUCAUCAUUUAUCGACAGAACAUUCAACGAGGUAUGGAGUACAAUUUCAACAAAUACGGCCGUUCAACCAUCGAUUCCUUGGGAACUCCAUAUGACUAUGGUAGUGUGAUGCAUUAUGACUCAAGAGCCUUCAGCAGGAAUGGCCGACCGACGAUUGUUCCAAAGCAACAAGGGGUUACACUUGGAAACCGCCGGUACCUAAGCAAAAUCGACAUCCGACAAAUGAAUCUGUUGUACAAAUGUUCUGGGGGUGGAGGUGACGGUGGACCUAAUCCUCCCCCUCCUACAAAGCCCCCAACAGGUAACUGUCGUGACACAGGAAGGUAUUGUAGCUACCACGUUCCACGUGGAGAUUGCGACAGGAUGAAGAUUGUGAGAGAGAGAUGCAGGAAGAGUUGCAAACUAUGUGGAGAAGGAACCCCAGUACCGAGCACUAAUCCCCCUCCACCACCGCCUCCAGAUACCGAUGUGCCGCCGCCCCCACCUCCACCAAGCACUGAAAUGCCACCGACUCCGCCUCCACCAGACACGGACGCGCCGCCACCCCCUCCUCCACCUUCAGGUUCCUGCGGUGUUUCCUCACUUGGUAACAGCCGAGUGAUUGGGGGAGACGAUGCUAAACCUGGUGCCUGGCCGUGGCAGGUUGGCUUGCAUACCAGUCGUGGAGGAUUUUUCUGUGGAGGAACGUUGAUAACACCAGAGUGGGUUGUUACGGCCGCGCAUUGUAUUUCAACCCUGAACCCCUCAAAUUAUGUGCUCCGACUUGGAGAUCAUAACCGGUACAGAAACGAGGGAACGGAACAAAAUAUCGGCGCUUCAAGGGUCAUCAAACAUCCUUCAUAUGACAGCAGACGGAUCAACAACGACAUAGCUUUGAUCAAACUUUCUCGAGCAGCGAAAAUCAAUGACCGCGUAUCACCGGCAUGUCUUCCAGAAGCAAACUAUAUUGUUCCACCGGGAACAACUUGUUACAUCACUGGCUGGGGUAAAAUCAGGCAUCCUGGUAGCUCUCAUCACACACUUCAACAAGCUAAAAUAUCUCCAGCAUCAGAAUCUGAUUGCAAAAGGAAAAACGGUUAUGGCAUAACAAGACAGAUGCUUUGCGCUGGCGUUCCGGGCACUCGACUUGGUGGUUGUCAUGGAGACAGUGGAGGCCCUUUUGUUUGCAAGGAUUCCGAUGGAUUCUGGGUACUCCAGGGAGCAGUGAGCUGGGGCUCAACAGACUGUAAUGCCCAACGCAUGUUCACGGUCUUUGCUCGAGUUGCCGUGUUCAGAGAAUGGAUUAACCAGUACGUUAAAUCAUGAGCACUGUAUUUCUUUGCUGAAAUAAAAGUCAUAAUGAGAAUCAAAUCACAGCAUUGUCUUGCUAUUGUCCUUUAUUGAUUAAUCGGUCACAGACUGCACCAGCGUUCUAUGCAUGUGAUGGCAUACGUCACAGUGUGGGGUACUUCGGUUUUCCCAUGGCCUAUUGCUGUUAAUCGUAUCUAUAACAAAAUUCUCGAUCGUGAUUGGUUCUCCGCGCACCAAUUUGCCACGUAGUC